CAAGAACAGCAGUAACAGCAACUGCAACUGCAACAACAGCAACAGCAGCAGCAGUAGUGACAGUAGUAGCAACAGGAUUAAGAACAAAAUCAAGGAAAAAGAGAACAAACAAAUCGGUUACCGGGAAUUUAGCGGCAAUGCACAUCAUAGACGUUACCUGACGAGCGCACUCGUGCGUACGUGCAAGUCGCAAUUCUCGUUAUCGACGUUUGAUCUCAUUGUCAGCGUCAGUGUCGUUGUCAACGUUGACGUUGACGUUGACGUUGUCACCGACGAUCAUCGUCAUCGUCGUCAUCGACCUCAUCACGGCGAACAACCUAACCACGCUCCUGCGCGCCAUUUUUGCAUCAUCCUUCUAAUAUAAGUUUAUUAUUAAGUAACAUCCCCCUUUACGACGAGGAUAAGCGUACCAGGGUGGCACGAUUAGUAUGACGGUGAUGCUGCUGCAACGUUCGGUCACCCCGCAGUCGACGCACCGCCAAAAGACAGCGAAGGAGGACUGCAGCACGAUACCGCCAUUUAUUUUUUUGCUUGACGAUCGUCAACAAGAACAUAGGCGAUUUACCGACGCCUCAAUCAUCACGACCACUAAUAAUAAUAACAAUAAUAACAAUAACAAUAAUAAUAACAAUAAUAAUAAUAUCAUCAACAACUUCAACAACAAUAAUUACGAAAACAGUUACACUCCUACGACCAAUAACAACAACAAUAAUAAUAUUAAUAAUAAUAAUAAUAAUAUUAAUAAUAAUAAUAAUAAUUACGAAAACGGGAAAAUAAAUAAUAUAGUGAAGAGGAGCGUACGUAGGAGCAGCGGAAGCCGCGAAUACGCGCUCGAGGAGGCCCCGGUUUCGGUGACGUCUUCUCAAAGACGCACCCCAGGUGGCCAGGAGGUCGCAAUGCGAUAUUAUCGGAUUUGGAUUUACGCCUGUAACGGGGUAUUAUUCUUCAGCGCUGCCGCAUUUGCCGCAGUCGUAUCAAUGUCUAUAAUAUUCACCGGUGAUCCUAGGAGACACCUAAUACCUGGCGUACCAAGGGCCUUCGAUCCGACGGCACUUUAUGCUUACUUAGCAUUGGGUACACAAUUGGGACUAGUACAAUUACUUGGUUGCGUUGCCGUUAGAAGACUCAGCGCUAAAUUGUUACACGUAUAUUGGGUCUUACUUUUGGUACUGUUAUUAGGGGACAUCGUUAUUGGUAUCGUUUGGGUCUUCCGUUCCAAAGAGAUGAACAACCAAUUGAGGCCCACCCUAAGCCUACGAUUACAGACGGAAUACGACAAAGAGCCACGAUUCAGCGAACACUGGGAUCGUUUGCAAAAGGAAUUCACGUGUUGCGGUGUAACCGGGCCUCGUGAUUUUGGAUCCUAUUGGCCAAAGACGUGUUGCGGCGGUAUUACAAAUAUAAAUAUCACCGAUACCUGCCAACAACCAUAUUCCCGUGGAUGCGACGAAUCAUUGUUAAGAUGGUUAAGAGAAACAUCCGAUCGAUUAUUCGUAUUCGGUUUUUGUGUAGUGGCAUUUACGAAGCUGUGUUUCCUCGGUAUAUUGCGUUACGAGAUACGCGAGAUGAUACAGAAGAUACGUAUGUUACGUGAACCACCACCACCUGCUACAACAUUUGCCCAGCCGCCAUUUUCCCAAGUGAUGUCCGAACCAACAACAAAUAAUGGCAGCAUCGUUAGACGAACAACUUUGCCUAACGCCGUUACUCCAUCCGGUAACGCAUCGUUAUUAUUGCAAACCGAGGAAUGCAGUACCGGCAGACAUCCGUUAUUAGCGAACAAUCUUCAAGAUGGCGGAGCCGACAGCGACACGAAUAGUCACUGUGCAUUAAUUUUGGAAGAGACCACGCCAACCUCGGCCAAUCACAAUUGCGGUAAUACACGGGAAAAAAGCAACGGCAAUAAUAAUUACGAGAUGAGAGAAUUCAAUAGAAGAUUAUUAUUAUCAAACGGUGGUAGUCCUGGUACGCAAGGUGUAACCGCAGGUGGACAAAGCAGGCGUACCUGACUAUGGAAGUGGUGGCGUAACACCUGGAAUCAUCUUCUUUACAGGAGCAACCGGCCCGCCGAAGUACCAGUAUAUAAAUAAGCCUACGUAAAUAUAAUACACAUAUACAUACAUACAUACAUAUACACACACAGAGACACAAACAUUACCUCUAUACAUAAUAUACAUAAUAUACAUAUAUAAAUACUAUAUCGAGUUAUGAUAGGGGUUCCUAAUUUUUCGUUGUUGUUUUCUUUAUUUAUU